CGGCUCAGUUGAUUCCGACUUUUCAGCGUGUUCGCUUUUGGGGGCUUGUUCGGUUAUAGAGCUCCACUAGCGUUGAGCGGCAGAUUUUAUGUUGCAUGCGCAGCGCACUUGAUGGCAAUUGUUGGUAUUGUCAUUGUUUUUGCUGUAUGUAUGGAAUCGGAUGUUUGCUAUCUCCCUUGCACAGCGGUAGAAUGUAUGCGUGUAUGUAUGAUUCGUUCCGUUCGCGUCGCUCAUUGAUUUCCUAAUUAAGUUUAUAAUUAAAAUUAAUUGAAAAAUUACUCACAUAUGUACAUACAUUCGCAUGUGCGCUGCCAUGUUAUGUAUUACAAGCUGCCUUCAAAUUGCUUUAAAUUUAAAAACGAAAUUGUGCCAAAAACAUGCGCAAUGUAAGAGGUGGUCCUGUGAAAUGCUCAACGGUGUGGCAACCCUAGGCAAAUGAACUGUUUUACCUGCCCGAAACGCACAAUAACAACAAGUACAGAAGCGAGAAAGAGAGAGCGGGAAGCACAACGGAUAAUUUAGUGGAAUUUUCAAAAAUAGCAAAGACAGCAACAACGGCUGCAGCCAUAAUCCCCAGCGAGAGCACAAUAAUCAAAGAUUAAAUCAGGUUUAUAUGGAAAGGGUUAGCAUGGCGCAGGAAGAAAUACACGAUUCCUAGCGCAGAAACAACAACAACAAACACCUACAACUGUUUACACUCACACAAGUAGGAAAACGAGAGAGAGAACGAGAAAAGCCGUGUUUAUGCGAGACAGUUCGUGAUUAUCAACUUUUACCUACAAAAGUACAGGCCCAAUGGAGUAAAACUAACUAAAUAUAUUACCUUAAUAACUAAAUAUUUUAUUAAAAUUAAUUUUAAAUAGAAGCCUAAUUCGUAAAUUAUGAAUAUGUUAAUACUUCUUAAAUACAUGCGACUUAAAACACAGGUGCUUACGAAAUAAGUUGACCGAAAGGACGUCCCAUAAACACUCUAAAUAGAGAGAGAGACAGCUAAAGAGAGCAGCGACGCCGGCAGAGGCAGCGAGAGAGAAUAAUUCGCUGUCGCAGCGCUCGCUUGCAUGCUUUUCGCUCAUUUUUCUUUCGUGUGCGUUGCGGCAAUGUCGUGUUUUCUCGCGGCGGUGAAAACGCUCUGCAACAACUGUAACAACAUCAGUAGCAACGAUAAGAUUUUCCGUUUUCCCGUAUGGAAGCAGAAGCACUAGCGGCAUUUGUUUUGAAAGUAAAGAAAAGGCGAGCGAGAAAAACGAAAAUAUAAAACAGAGGAAGACGGAAAAAGCAACGCCGCUGCCGACCGCGCCUCGCUCUAAGUAUAUGUGUAUGUUGUGUAUUUUAUAUGUGUAUGAGGCUGUGAGCAUACCGCCUGUCUGUGUGUAAGUGGGCGCGAACGUAAGGCCCAAAAAGGAAGUGAAAAUAGUGCAAAAAGGCCAAGUAAUAAUAAUAAUAAUAAAAUAGGCAAAAAGACAGGCCCAAAAGAGACCAGACCAGUUUCAAAAAGCGCCUAUUUCCAGGCUCUUUGAUUCAUGUGUAUAUGUACGUGUAUGAGCGGCUACAAAAACAACAACUAGAAGCGACCACAUACGGUGGAAAAGGCCUUUUUUCAAGGAGCGAAAGGCAGUGCGCGAGCGAGCAAUAAGAAUAAUAAAUUACACUUUGCUAUAAUAAGAAAAAUUUUUACGUACAUACAUACACACUAGCGGGAGAGGCCCACACACAUAUACACAUGUGUUUUCCCUCGCUGCGAGUGUGUGGAAAAUUGUAAUAAAAUAUGAACCGCAGAAGCAGCGGCAAAACGAGAAAAACGAGAGAAAAUUUCGAAAUAUCGCAUGUGCCAUUUUAAGCUUUAAAUAAAUUAAAACGUACAGUAUUACUCAAAACUAUAUAUAUAUAAAAACAAUUAAACAAAAUGUCCUGCAUAUCGAGCAACUUUAGCUCCUUCUUCCUCAAUUCGCUCAACGAUCCUUCAGAGUUUUCCAAGUACUUGAGCAAUGGCGAGCUGAAAUGUACCAAUUUCGAAGAAUUUCAAGUGUUUGGCUGCGGGGCAGGCGCGCCGACGCAACAGCAGCAGCAGCAGCAACAACAACAACAUCAGCAGUAUUCCCACACACAUUUACCCAAUGGCAGCGCAGCAGCAUCAGCAACGGAUUUUCCCAAUUACGAGGUAACGACGACGUCGCAGCGGGAAAGCACAUCCUCCGUCAACUCAGGUAGCUCUGUUAAUCCCGCACACUAUGCUUCUGGCGCUGCCUCAGCCUCUGCUAACAUCGAAGCCAGCGUAGCAGCAGCGCCGACGUCGAAUCCUGGCGCAGGAGCAGCAGGAUCAACCCCCCUUACCGCCACCCCUCCGAGCAAUCGUUGGCCCACAGCGGUGGCCACGCCCAAUGGUCAUCAAGGCACCGCCUCUGCUCCUGGUUCUGUGCCCCAGCAUUUUGAUGGAUCCUUUGAGUUUAUUAAGUAUCUGCGUCACUCCACGGAUUUUACACCCAGUACAGCGAGCAGCGCCAGCGAAACUAGCUCCUGCCCGGAAAAGACGGGAAAUGGAAAACCGGGAAUCCCCGCAGGUACCACACCACCACCGCCUGCCCAAUCUCCCGUGGCCAGUGGUCUAAUCGAUUUGGAUACCAGCACCUCGCAGAAAUCUCGCUCGGCCUCCCGCAAAGUGGCGGCAUUAUUGUCUUCCGUUUCGCGAGCUUCCAAUAGUCUGGUGGAUACCAGCACUUCCGCUUUGGAUGUUUUUGAUCACGAUUCAAAGCAGACGAUCUUUGAUCUGCAGCACAUGGCCUCAAAUGGAUCCUCGAAUUCGAAUGAAUCCUCGUUGGAGAUGCUAGCAUUUCCCAAUUCGCACCUUAAUGCCUCCAAUUCGAACACCUCAUCCGAAGGAGCUGCCUGUGGAAGUGCGGGGGAGUUUGGUGGCUUGCUAACCGGCGCCAGUUGUUCCUCUUCCACAGCUUCCUCAUCCUCGCAUGCCCCAAAACUCCUCGGAAGUUUUGUGAUCAAGGAGAACUUUGAGGUGCAUCCAUCGCAUAAAGUGGAGGAGGGCAUCUUCCAGCAUAUGAACAAGCUGCCCUCAAAGAAAAAGGAUACGCUGAAGCAACUGGGAGUCAGAUUCACGGGCCAGAUGACGCUGACGGACAAAUCGAUUGUGGUGGAGAACUUUAUUAAGUUCUGCGAGGAAUACGAUAUCAAGGACCACAGGCCAUGGCUGUCGCUGAACCAGUGCGGUCUAAAUAAGCCCGAGCAGAUCAAAUUCGCUCGAUAUCUGGGCCAGGGGCUGCCGACGUUCACGCUCUUCUGCAUUUAUAGCAAUUUUAAGAAUCUGUUCUGCACCAAACGCACAGAAAUCUACACGAAGGAUGGCUACAAUCUGCCUUAUAUACUCGACAAAACCAAGCGCUUCCUGGCCAACACAACAGCUGACCUCAAGAACAUGGCGGCGGCCAAUGAUGGCUCCCUGGAGUUUGCUAGCAGCAGCGGAGGAAGCAGCAGCAACAGCAACACAAGCAGCAGCAACACGAACAUCGGAAGCAACAGUAACAGCAGCAGUGGAAGUAGCAAUGCGGUGGCAGGAUCAGUGAUAAAUUCUAAUAGCGUGGCCAUGUCAGCGGGUUAUGUGACAUCAUCGGCGGCGCAACAACAACACCAAAUGGCCAUGGAUCCUCGUUACGGAUGUGGUGCUCCACCGGCACUUUUGCCACCUCCGCCAAUUCCAGCAUUGGGACCACCACCUAGAUCCCUGGAGCAACUAAUCAUCUACGAGAACUUUGACGUGCACGAAACGCACCGGAUUGAGGAUGGGGUUUGCACACACAUUAGCCGCCUGCCGCCCAAGAAGCAGGAGCUAUUGAAACAGUUCGGUAUACAGAGUAGUAGUCAGCAUUGUCUGAGCAAUUAUGAAAAGUACAUACUCAUCGAAAACUUCAUCAAGUUUUGCAAUGAAUAUCAGAUAUCCGAUCAUCGACCCUUUUUGGACUUCCACGAGAGCGCUUUAUCCAAAUGUGAACAACUUAAAUUUGUACGAUAUCUGGGCCAGGGGCUAUCCAAUCUGACGCUAAACAAGAUCUAUGUGGCCUUCAAGGAGCUGCUGGGCAAUGGAAGGCCCGAAAAAGCUAGCAUGGAGGGAUAUAAUUUGGACACGCUAUUAAAAAAAGAAACGAAAAAUCUUUAUAAUCGAAUGCAUGCCGCUGCACCUAGCAUUGAUUUAACUGCCUAUGAAUCGGCCCAGCAUAACACCCAAGCACACCAGCAUAACACGCCACGCCCCCAUCACGCCUUCGCCGCCCUAAAUGCGGUGACCCAGCGCAGCGAAGUAUGCAACGAAUUGACGCACACGGGCUUGCAGUAUAGCUUCGCGGGACCCCGGUAAAAACUGGCCUUACCACAGCCCCAUCAAAAAACUGCAAUCCUCGUCAUCAGAUGAGACACCCUUAUACAUAUACAUACAUAUACUUCUUCCUGGAACUGGACCAGUAACUGUUGUGUCUUCGAAACAUAAAAAUGAAAGUAAUUUAAUCGCAGAGAGCGAAAUCAUUGAAAACUAAGUGCUAAAUUAAAAGAUGGGAUAAUCAGAGGUCCCCAGAUGGAAAAUACCAGACACUAGUAAAAUUAGCCUAAAUGUUAACAAAAUUAAACUUAAAUCGAAUGAAAUUCAAUUAAGCCAACCAAAAAUCAACACGCAACAGGCAGGAGAAAGAAUAGUUUAAGCCAAAAACAGAUAUUUAUACGCAAGGUAACCAUAUACAACAUAUACAUAUUACGAGUAUAUAUACACAUAAAUAUAUUUCUGUAGUUGCCAUAGCGCUUAGGGUGCAGCACACUUCCACAUGGCCAAAUUUCUGGCCAGAACUAUACAAACAUAUUAGCUUCGGUUUCCUUCCAGCCAUAUCCCCCCAAAAAACCCUAAUUUCCCCAACUCCCUUGAGCCGCAUUAGUAGUAGCCUCUAGUUAGUAAGUGAAAACACCAAAAUUGAGAAAACUAAAUCAAAGACCUCCCAAUGAAAGUUCCCUAAAUACGCAUACUAAGUAACUUGUAGAGCCUAGUUGUUAAGACGAGAGACAAAUUUUUAGCAUAGAACUGGCGAGCGGCACAGACGAUUAACAAACUAAAUAUUCCUAUAUACAAUAUACAUAUUAUAUACAACAAGCAGCAUCAAAUUCAAAGUGAAUAUACGCAAAAAUCAAAUGCAGAGACAGAAAUACAACCAAAACAUAGCAAUUGUAAAUGAUAUAUACCAAAUAUAUUCUAUACGAGCAAAGGCAAAACCAAAACCAAAACCAA